CAACUAUAAACAAAUCAACUGGUAAACGGAUUAAGUAUCUGGUCCGAUGAUUGUGUGGCAAAGCUUUUUAUGUUGUCUACACUUGUUGGUAAAACAUACGUUAGAACUUAAUAAUUGUUACAUUAAUUCAUUUGUGUUUUUUUUUUAAUACUUAAAUAAAUACUAUAUUAUCCAUUUGUUUUUUAACACACUGAUUUUUUUUAACGUAUUAUUAGUUAAAAUUGAUUGUUCAAAUUUCAUUUUAAAUCUUUGUCCAUAACGUCAUAAUAUUAUAAAACAGGAUGAUACUUUAUAGCAGAGAUUUAGGGUGGAUCUUGGAGCUUUCUCUUGAGCUCACAUGUCUGGAGCUCACAUCAAUUGAGCUCACAUCUCUGGAGCUCACAUCUCUUGAGCUCAAGUCUCUGGAGCUCACAUCUCUGAAGUUCCCAUCUCUGGAGCUAACAUCCCUGGAUUUCUCAUCUGUGGAGCUCACUUCUCUGGAGCUCACUUCUCUGGAGCUCACAUAUCUAGAGCUCACGUCGCUUGAGCUCACAUCUCUUAAGCUAACAUCUCUGGAGCUGACAUCUCUGGAGCCCACUUCUCUGGAGCUCACAUCUCUAGAGCUCAUAUGUCAGGAGCUCACAUCUCUUGAGUUCACGUCUCUGCCCCCACACUCAAAUGUCACUUGUCACAUUGUUGUUUAUACAGAUGUUUUAAACUGAAAUGUUACAUGUUGCAUUGUAAUAAACCGUUGUCUCACAUGUCACAUUGUUAAAUACCAAUGUCCAACAUGUCACAGUGUUAUAGACCGAUGACUCACAUUUCAAAGUGUUAUAGACCGAUAUCUCACAUGUCAUAUUGUUAUAGACGGAUGACUCACAUGUCCCAUUGAAAUAGACCGAUGUCUCAUAUGUCACAUUGUUAUAGACCGAUGUCUCACAUGUCACAUUAUUAUAGACUGAUGUCUAACAUGUCACAGUGUUAUAGACCAAUGUCUCACAUGUCACAUUGUUAUAGAGCGAUGUCUCAUAUGUCACAGUGUUAUAGACCAAUGUCUCACAUGUCACAUUGUUAUAGAGCGAUGUCUCACAUGUCACAAUGUUAUAGACCGAUGUCUCACAUGUCACAUUGUUAUAGACUGAUAUGCCACAGUGUUAUAGACCAAUGUCUCACAUGUCACAUUGUUGUAGAGCGAUGUCUCACAUGUCACAGUGUUAUAGAUCAAUGUCUCACAUGUCACAUUGUUAUAGAGUGAUGUCUCACAUGUCACAUUGUUAUAGACCGAUGUCUCACAUGUCACAUUGUUAUAGACUGAUAUGCCACAGUGUUAUAGAACAAUGUCUCACAUGUCACAUUGUUAUAGACCAAUGUCUCACAUGUCACAGUGUUAUAGACCGAUGUAUCACAUGCCAUAUUGUUAUAGAACGAUGUCUCACAUGUCACAGUGUUAUAGACCAAUGUCUCAAAUGUCACAUUGUUAUAGACCAAUGUGUCUCAUGUCACAUUGUUAUAGACCAAUGUCUCACAUUUCACAUUGUUAUUGACCGAUGUCUAGCAUGUCACAGUGUUAUAAAUCAAAGUCUCAUAAGUCAUGUUGUUAUAGAUCGAUGUCACAUUGUUAUAGACCGAUGUCACAUUGUUAUAGACCGAUGUUUCAAAUUUCACAGUGUUAUAGACAUUGUCAAUUGUUAUAGACCGAUGUCUCGCAUGUCACUUUGUUAUAGACCGAUGUCUCACAAGCCAUUUUGUUAUAGACCGAUGUCUCACAUGUCAUUUUGUUAUAGACCGAUGUCUCUGUCAUUUUGUUAAAGACCAAUGUCUCACAUGUCAUUUUGUUGUAGAACCAUGUCUCACAUGUCACAUUGUUAUAAACCGAUGUCUCACAUGUGAUUUUGUUAUAGACCAUUGUCUCACAUGUCACAUUGUUAUAAACCGAUGUCUCACAUGUCAUUUUGGUAUAGACAGAUUUCGCUGUCACAUUGUUAUAGACCGAUGUCUUACAUGUCAUUUUCUUAUAGAACAAUGUCUCACACGUCACAUUGUUAUAAACCGAUGUCUCACAUGUCAUUUUAUUAUAGACCGAUGUCUCACAUGUCACAUUGUUAUAGACCGAUGUCUCACAUGUCAUUUUGUUAUAGAUCGAUGUCUCUAUCACAAUUUUAUAAAUCGAUGUCUCACAUGUCAUUGUGUUAUAAAACAAUGUCUCACAUGUCACGUUGUUACAUAUUAAAUAUCUGACGUAAGUUUGGUCAGAGAGAUAGAGUGUUAUGCCAUCUUGUCCCCCAUCCUUACCUUACCACCCACACCUGGAUAGUAUGCAAUCUUGUCCCACAUCCUUACCUUAGCACCCACACCUGGAUGGUAUGCCAUCUUGUCCCCCAUCCUUACCUUACCACCCACACCUGGAUGGUAUGCCAUCUUGACCCACAUCCUUACCUUAACCCCCACACCUGGAUGGUAUGCCAUCUUGUCCCACAUCCUUACCUUACCACCCACAUCUGGAUGGUAUGCCAUCUUGUCCCACAUCCUUACCUUACCACCCACACCUGGAUAGUAUGCCAUUUUGUCCCCCAUCCUUACCUUACCACCCACACCUGGAUGGUAUGUCAUCUUGUCCCACAUCCUUACCUUACCAUCCACAACUUGAUGGUAUGCCAUCUUGUCCCCCAUCCUUACCUUACCACCCACACCUGGAUGGCUGACUUGUUACUCACAGCACCUUAAAGCCAUUCCUUUCAAGCCCACAACUUUCUCUAGCUGAUAUUCACCGAUGAAUUCAAUGUGGUAUUAAUCUUAGUGCACUGGCAGUUCCUUGCGUGCUCCUGAGACAGCCAAAAUUCUGUUUAUAUAACAUCUGUGCUGGUGAGCUGUAGUGUCUUAUCUUUGACCAUCAGAUUUCCUAAUGUAUUAUCUUUGACCAUCAGAUGUCCUAAUGUAUUAUCUUUGACCAUCAGAUUUUAAUGUAUUAUCUUUGAUCAUCAGAUUUCCUAAUGUAUUAUCUUUGACCAUCAGAUUUCCUAAUGUAUUAUCUUUGAUCAUCAGAUUUCCUAAUGUAUUAUCUUUGACCAUCAGAUUUCCUAAUGUAUUAUCUUUGACCAUCAGAUUUCCUAAUUUAUUAUCUUUGACCAUCAGAUUUCCUAAUGUAUUACCUUUGACCAUCAGAUUUCCUAAUGUAUUAUCUUUGACCAUCAGAUUUCCUAAUGUAUUAUCUUUGACCAUCAGAUUUCCUAAUGUAUUAUCUUUGAUCAUCAGAUUUACUAAUGUAUUACCUUUGACCAUCAGAUUUCCUAAUGUAUUAUCUUUGACCAUCAGAUUUCCUAAUGUAUUAUCUUUGAUCAUCAGAUUUCAUAAUGUAUUAUCUUUGACCAUCAGAUUUCUUAAUGUAUUACCUUUGAUCAUCAGAUUUCCUAAUGUAUUAUCUUUGACCAUCAUAUUUCCUAAUGUAUUAUCUUUGAUCAUCAGAUUUCCUAAUGUAUUAUCUUUGACCAUCAGAUUUCCUAAUGUAUUAUCUUUAAUCAUCAGAUUUCCUAAUGUAUAACCUUUGACCAUCAGAUUUCCUAAUGUAUUAUCUUUGACCAUCAGAUUUCCUAAUGUAUUAUCUUUGAUCAUCAGAUUUCCUAAUGUAUUAUCUUUGACCAUCAGAUUUCCUAAUGUAUUAUCUUUAAUCAUCAGAUUUCCUAAUGUAUAACCUUUGACCAUCAGAUUUCCUAAUGUAUUAUCUUUGACCAUCAGAUUUCCUAAUGUAUUAUCUUUGAUCAUCAGAUUUCCUAAUGUAUUAUCUUUGACCAUCAGAUUUCCUAAUGUAUUAUCUUUGACCAUCAGAUUUCCUAAUGUAUUAUCUUUGACCAUCAGAUUUCCUAAUGUAUUAUCUUUGACCAUAAGAUUUCCUAAUGUAUUAUCUUUGACCAUCAGAUUUCCUAAUGUAUUAUCUUUGAUCAUCAGAUUUCCUAAUGUAUUACCUUUGACCAUCCGAUUUCCUAAUGUAUUAUCUUUGACCAUCAGAUUUCCUAAUGUAUUAUCUUUGACCAUCAGAUUUCCUAAUGUAUUAUCUUUGAUCAUCAGAUUUCCUAAUGUAUUACCUUUGACCAUCCGAUUUCCUAAUGUAUUAUCUUUGACCAUCAGAUUUCCUAAUGUAUUAUCUUUGAUCAUCAGAUUUCCUAAUGUAUUAUCUUUGACCAUCAGAUUUCUUAAUGUAUUACCUUUGAUCAUCAGAUUUCCUAAUGUAUUAUCUUUGACCAUCAUAUUUCCUAAUGUAUUAUCUUUGACCAUCAGAUUUCCUAAUGUAUUAUCUUUGAUCAUCAGAUUUCUUAAUGUAUUACCUUUGACCAUCCGAUUUCCUAAUGUAUUAUCUUUGACCAUCAGAUUUCCUAAUGUAUUAUCUUUGACCAUCAGAUUUCCUAAUGUAUUAUCUUUGACCAUCAGAUGUCCUAAUGUAUUAUCUUUGACCAUCAGAUUUUAAUGUAUUAUCUUUGAUCAUCAGAUUUCCUAAUGUAUUAUCUUUGACCAUCAGAUUUCCUAAUGUAUUAUCUUUGACCAUCAGAUUUCCUAAUGUAUUAUCUUUGACCAUCAGAUUUCCUAAUGUAUUAUCUUUGACCAUCAGAUUUCCUAAUGUAUUAUCUUUGACCAUCAGAUUUCCUAAUGUAUUAUUUUUGACCAUCAGAUUUCCUAAUGUAUUAUCUUUGACCAUCAGAUUUCCUAAUGUAUUAUCUUUGACCACCAGAUUUCCUAAUAUAUUAUCUUUGACCAUCAUAUUUCCUAAUGUAUUAUCUUUGACCAUCAGAUUUCCUAAUGUAUUAUCUUUGACCAUCAGAUUUCCUAAUGUAUUAUCUUUGACCAUCAGAUUUCCUAAUGUAUUAUCUUUGAUCAUCAGAUUUCCUAAUGUAUUAUCUUUGACCAUCAGAUUUCCUAAUGUAUUAUCUUUGACCAUCAGAUUUCCUAAUGUAUUAUCUUUGACCAUCAGAUUUCCUAGUUACCAAUGGAGGUUAUUUUUUUAAGCACCUGAAAGUAAUUUAUGAUUGCCUAGAAAUUUCCUAGAGAUUUCCUAAUGACUGCCAAGAUCUACUUUUUAAUGAUUGUUAGAGAUUUUUAAUGAUUUCCUGGAGAUAUCUAAUAAUUGCCUAGAGAUUUCUAAUGAUUGCCUAGAUGUUUCCUAGUGAUUUCCUAGAGAUUUCUAAUGAUUGCUUAGACAUUUACCAAUGAUUGCCUAGACAUUUCAUAAUGAUUGCCUAGACAUUUACCAAUUAUUGCCUAGACAUUUCAUAAUGAUUGCCUAGACAUUUCAUAAUGAUUGCCUAGACAUUUCAUAAUGAUUGCCUAGGCACUUUCUAAUGAUUGCCUAGACAUUUCAUAAUGAUUGCCUAAAGAUUUCUUGCGUGACUGAACAAAUACAUAUCAUUAUAUAACUUCAUUCAAUAAAACAAAAUAAAAACUACUUUUAAAAUGAACAGUCGUGUCCAAAAAUGUACAAAAAGGCAUCCAAUAAUUAUACACAAAGGCAUUCAAUAAAUGUACACAAAGGCAUCCAAUAAAUGUACACAAAGGCAUCCAAUAAAUGUACACAAAGGCAUCCAAUGAAUGGCUCCCCUAACUUCAGCGUUGUUACAGUCAAGUGAGGCAAAAAACGUGUGGCAUCCAAGAAAUGCAAUGACGUAAUUUUAGGUUGCUCUGUCCGUUUGUUCUACUCCUUCUAGUCCAGAGUUGAUAAGAAGAUAAUAAUAUUCCAUUUUCUUACAUUGCACUCGUUCAUACUGUGCAGUCGCCGAGCUUAUCGCUCUGUAUGACUCUGACAUUUAAACAAAGCUGCAUGCCUCAUCUGCUGGACACUGUCGUACCUCCGUGACCCGGCAUCCCCCCCCCCCCACACUGGUCCUCGCAGCACAAGAACGAGGCACUCUGACACGAAUAAUGGCGGCAGGUUGGGUCCCGUUGUAGAUUUUGUCUGUGACAGUAGCUAUCAGUUGGACAUUCCUUAGUCCUCAUCUGUGUCGCCAAACUCUGCUGUUAUACUUUUAUGCUGUUGGCGACCAAGUUUUCACCAAAUUUGAUCGGUGGUUUGGCAUUCUGAUGAAAAGAUUGUGUGUGUCCCAGUUAUGUACCCAUUCGCUGCUCUAUUAACAGUGCACCCAAUUAGCCAUUGACAGGUCAUAGGCAGGUCAUUGCCAGGUCUGUCUGACGAUGACUGGCUUGUUCGUUUCCAGCAAGGCAUGCGUGACCACUUGAAUGACCUGUCUCCAUCCUUCCACUUGGUUGGUAUAAAUAUCUUAAGGACCACAAUAAACAUCUUCAAGUCUAAAGAGUCCUGCCUUGGAGGCACAGGACCAAACUAUGAAUCAGUACAGACCAAUGUGGCUGGGACUCGAUUCUACAACCUGCGGCGCUUCUAUUUCUGCUUCGAAGUUCGUGCCAGUGGCCUCGUUAGGCACUGAAAUCUUCUCAUGUUGUGGCCCCCAUAGGCACUGAAAUAUUCUCAGUUUGUGGCUUGCCUGGCACUGAAAUCUUUUCAGGUUGUGGCUUGCCUAGGCACUGAAAUCUUUUCAGGUUGUGGCUUGCCUAGGCACUGAAAUCUUUUCAGGUUGUGCCCACACUAGUCGCUGAAAUCUGCUCUGGUUGUGGCCAAUGCUCCAUCCAAGGUUCGCUCGUUCGUGUGCAAAAUCAUACAGUUGUGCGCACAUUUUUACAGCAAUUUUUGUGUGUGUGCAAACACACACACACACACAUACACACACGCGGAAAUUACAUAAAUGAACUUGAGUGCAAAAACCUAUAUAUAAAUACGAUUUAAUCCUCAUGAGCAUGUCUAAAUGUAACUUUUCCAACCUAUUUCCAAAUUUUAUUUUAUAUAAUUCAUUCGGCUGAAUCCACGUUUACAAUUCGCGCUUGGUGCAAGAAAUGUUGCCCAAAUAUCCAUCAGAAUGGCAAUGUCAACGAAUUGCUCUCAUUCAGUACAAAUCGAGCCAUCUCUUCAAAAGUCUGCAUCAACCCACAUUUCAAUCUUUCACCAAGCACAAACCUUAAUUUACGAUACUUAUCCUCAACUUUCGGCAGAAUGUCAUCAUAGUUUUCCAGGAAUGCCGCAUAUCUAGAAAGCAGUGCUGCAAGUUCUUGACCAAAAGUAAAAUCUAAAGUGUCCAUUAACGCUGAUAUCUCAAAGAAUUACCAUUGCAUCAACUCACUUUCAAGGAAACGAGAGUCCAGGUGCAAACGAAUUCAACGAAUUUUAGGAUGAAACUCAUGUUUAUAUCUCGUCAUUUGCCAGCAAUUCAGUAACCUCUUCGGACCAGUGCUCAUUUUCACCAAGAUACUGGGCACAGAGCUUAGCGAUACUUGCUUUUACAAACUGGUAUGCCUUGAUGGUCGUAAGAUUUUCUCUUUUUAACAGCUUGCAUAAUUUAGCAAGUUCACCAACAACUUCAUCAAAGAUAAUCAGCGCAGUUCGAAACUGCGAAUCCCUUAGUUUCUUCAAACAGUACCUAUCAACUGGAUCGUUAUACAGACUCAUCUGCUCCUCACAGUAUUCAGUCAACCCUUUUAUGUUUCUCAACAAUAAUCUUAAAGCAAAGUGCCGUGAAAGCCAUUUGAUUUCAUUCAAUGGUCUAAAGGCUACGGGAUCACAUUCCAACACUUUAGCUAGUUAGGUAAACUGAGCUUUCCGUACUGUCGAUCUUCUGAACAAUGUGUUCACUGUUCAAAGGAAUAUUUCAAUGUCUGCCAUUAAACUUAUAUGUUUGCAAGCAUCAUCGAUGCCUAAAUCUUCACGAUAAGCAACGCGAUGAUAUUCCAGUAGAUGUGGAAUACAUCGGCGAAGAAUUGCUGCAACUCAAUUGUCCUUGCCUACAGAAGCGUAGCGAGGGGAGGGCAGGAGGGACAGAUGUCCCUGGGCGCCAGUUAGUUAGAGCGCAAAAAUGUGCUUUGAUAUUAUUUUAUUGAUGAAAAUAAUGGGUUUGAGAGUUGAAAAAAAAAGAAAAAAGGGCGCUUUAAAAUGGAUCUUGUCCCCGGGCGCGAAUCUUGUCCCCCGGGCGCCAAACACCCUCGCUAUGCCUCUGCUUGCCUAGCAUAACCGAUACACCAUCAAGGAUAAACACUACCAUUUUCUGAAUGUGCAAUGAAUUCUCUUAAUAAAACUCUGGUAUUGCUGAUUGCACGGAACUCCUGUCACAUGCCCACAGAGACAAAAUUCCAACAAAUACUGUGUUGUAAACAUUACCGGGAUAUGGCCGAAACUUUGCGCCUGAGAUCAACAUUUUUGUCAGUGACAUAUCAAUGUUCUCAUCUGCUGUUAAUGUGUGGAACUUUGCAUUGCGAAGUUCGCUAAUUAUAGCAUCCUUCACUCUGCUGAGUCUAAUGCUUUGGUCAGAACAAAGAGGUGAUGAACAGGCCAUCUCAGCUGAGUCUAAUACUUUGGUCAGAACAAAGAGGUGAUGAACAGGCCACCUCUGCUGAGUCUAAUACUUUGGUCAGAACAAAGAGGUGAUGAACAGGCCAUCUCAGCUGAGUCUAAUACUUUGGUCAGAACAAAGAGGUGAUGAACAGGCCAUCUCUGCUGAGUCUAAUGCUUUGGUCAGAACAAAGAGGUGAUGAACAGGCCAUCUCUGCUGAGUCUAAGGCUUUGGUCAGAACAAAGAGGUGAUGAACAGGCCAUCUCUGCUGAGUCUAAUGCUUUGGUCAGAACAAAGAGGUGAUGAACAGGCCACCUCUGCUGAGUCUAAUACUUUGGUCAGAUCAAAGAGGUGAUGAACAGGCCAUCUCUGCUGAGUCUAAUGCUUUGGUCAAAGAGUUGAUGAACAGGCCAUCUCUGCUGAGUCUAAUGCUUUGGUCAAAGAGUUGAUGAACAGACAAUCUCUGCUGAGUCUAAUGCUGUGGUCAAAGAGUUGAUGAACAUGCUGCUGUGGAGUUCUUAGCAUUUUUACUGGAGCAGACGUGCAGCAAAUAACAUGUAAGCUCUGUCCCGUUCUGAACGGAAUCCAAAUUGGAUUUCAGAUAUGUGUCGCAGCAUAUGUUGAGGUAGAACUAUUGACAAAUACACUGGGUUUAAUAAACAUCUUAUUACAUUGGGACAAACCCUUGGCACAGAGAACAUAACUGGAGAUAUUAUCGUUGAUGUGGCCAACUGAUCUAAAGAUCAUUAUAUGAAAUGUUUAGCAAAUAUUGACUAUUGACUUAUUAGGAAUUUCCUCAAAGUAUUUUGUAGUCAUUGCGACAUUCAAAAUUAGAUUGCAUUUUUGUGUUGCCUUUGCUACCUCUUAUUUCAUUUGGACAUAGAUCCAGCUGUGUCAUUAGUAUCAGGUGUGUCAUGAUGGGUGUGUCAUUUGUGACGGGUGUGUCAUUGGUGCUGUGUGUGUCUUUAGAUGAUAAAAAUAUUUGAAUUAUUUUCUCUACUUCAAAACAUAAAUGAGAUCCAGAUUUUAAAUAUUGAAAUCUUCCUUUUUGGAGAAACUAAUUUUUAUCGUAUAUUCUUCUUCUCCCCGCCAGGUAUCUUACAGUAAACAUCAAGGAAUAUCCUAGAAGUCCAGGUAAACUGACGAGUUCUCCUAUUUUGACUUUUCCCACCUCCCCCUCCCCUUCCACAUCUUCUUUUGGUUACUGUGCUGGUCUAGAGGGGGUGGGUGGGAUGGGGGCUAUGUGGGGAGGUGGUGGGGUAGAGCCAUUCCUCGCUCUCCAGGUAAACAGAAAAAUGAGCCAACACCGGCACCACUCACCCCUUCUAGCAUGUUGUGUGUGUGUGUGUCUGUGGAUGUGUGGGUGUGUGAGGAAUCUGCUGUGUGUUCCCGACUCUAGUCUAUGCCAUCCACUCUGUGCUAGUUUUUCGUAGGUGCCUGAAGAAGACCGGAGGUUAGAAAUCCUCCAUUGAAAAACUCAAAACCCAAGCAGCGCAGUCAGUGAUUAGUUUUUUCUUUGAACCAAAGUAGACAACCAUCAAACUUAGGAAAAUGGCCAACAGGGAAAAGCCAAUGGGAAUGGACAGAGCCCAUCAUUCCAAGGUAAGUACAAGUUAGUGAUGACAAUGAACAUAUAGACUUAGUCGAAUGCUCGUCCAAUCAAACCUUAUUUGUAUGUCCAGAACUAGAAAACGUGGGGCGGGGGGGGAGGGGGUGGUGGUGGUACGGGGACCUUUACUAUAGGCGUCUCGAUACUUACAAAGCCUAUUUAUUAAUAUUGUAUCUUUGUUUCGUUCUUUUUAGAAUUAAAAAAAGAGUUCACAUAUUUAAAAUGGUAUUAGUUUAUCCAGUACUACAAAGCACAUAAGUUGUUUAUGUGGGUCCCCCAAAUGACACCUAUAUGUUAUUGCUAUGUGGGUACCCCAAAUGACACCUAUAUGUUAUUUAGCGAGAACUUAGUUUUUAUACCGGGCUUAAGGGGUUGUAUUGUUGGUCCUCCAAUGUCCACAUUUUGGACUUUCAGCCGUCUAGUGCCUCUAGUGCUUCUACCACGGACAGAACUAGAGAUUGAGACAAAUCAAUCGAGCUUAAAAUGACUUGGCCUCAAAUAGUAAGAUAACCGGAAAACCAACUCUUGGCUGUUUGGCCCUGGCUCCAUCACAGAGCCUUAGUUUACAUGUUCGGUGCUCCAUUUUAGAGCCAUGGUUGUUAAACAUGUGCUCCAACCUAGAGUCAUAGGUUGUGUAGCAAGUGCUCCAUCUUAGAGCCAUAGGUUGUUUAGGCAGUGCUCCAUCCUAGAGCCAUAGGUUGUGUAGCCAGUGCUCCAUCCUAGAGCCAUAGGUUGUUUAGGCAGUGCUCCAUCCUAGUGCCAUAGGUUGUGUAGCCCGUGCUUUAUCCAAUUGGUUCGACACCUGGUGUGUCCGUUUUGUACGAUUGCGAAUUUUAUCCAAGCUCAGUGGAGUUUUCUGUGUAUAUUCAUACCUGUCUAUUCACACCUGUCUAUUCACACCUGUCUAUUCAUACCUGUCUAUUCAUACCUGUCUAUUCAUACCUGUCUAUUCACACCUGUCUAUUCAUACCUGUCUAUUCAUACCUGUCUAUUCACACCUGUCUAUUCACACCUGUCUAUUCAUACCUGUCUAUUCAUACCUGUCUAUUCACACCUGUCUAUUCACACCUGUCUAUUCAUACCUGUCUAUUCAUACCUGUCUAUUCAUAGAUGUUUCGUUUCGAAUGUGUGUAGAAAGAUUCUCCAUGAAAUUAUUUUUCAGACGUACAAUACAUUGUAAUUUUUUAAGUUAGUUUGCCUAUGAAAUGAUAGUCCGAAAACGUUGCCUAUGAAUUGAUAGUCUGAAAAUUUUGCCUAUGAUAUGAUAGUCCGAAACUUUGCGUAUGAAAUGAUAGCCCAAAAAUUUUGCCUAUGAAAUAAUAGUCCAAAAAUGAAAAGCUUACGGGCCAGGAAGCUGAACUUUGGUAGUCAAUCAGUUUUGACCCCAUAAAGAUGAGCCUAAAUGAGUGCAUUGCCAAAUGGAAUUUUCCCCAACUAAGCGGUGACUCGCGACCCCCUUCCCAGGGUUUCUGAGGUACCCGGUCGGUAGGAAUGUUAGCGACCCCCUUCCCAGGGUUUCUGAGGUACCCGGUCGGUAGCAAUGUUAGCGACCCCCUUCCCAGGGUUUCUGAGGUACCCGGUCGGUAGCAAUGUUAGCGACCCCCUUCCCAGGGUUUCUGAGGUACCCGGUCGGUAGGAAUGUUUCACACAGACAGAUAUUAAGCUUUUUUGUAGGUCAAUUAAAAUCAAUACUUGCAUUUUAUAUUGUAGAGAUGAUUUUUUUACAACAUAUUUUCAUCAGGCCUCUGAGAAUACCCAGUGGCAUAAAACGGGGGUGUGGAGGGGACAAUUCACCCUGGGCGGCACUUUUUUCCUUAUACGGAGGUAUGGGCACCCGCAGGGGAGGGGGGAAGGGGGGCACUUGCCCCCCCCCCCCGGAUUGAUUGGAUAUAAAAAUUUUAGACAAAAAUAGACAAAAAAUGUAUUAGAGUAAAGAGAAAAUAUAGAGAAAGUAACUAAGCUCAUGUCCUGUCCGUUCGUUCACCAUACAAAUACGCUACAGUAAAUUAAAACUACAUUAAAACAUUAGAUUGAAUGUAUGAAUAGCUUGAAUGUAUGAAUAGCUUGAAUAUAUGAAUAGAUUGAAUGUAUGAAUAGCUUGAAUGUAUGAAUAGAUUGAAUGUAUGAAUAGCUUGAAUGUAUGAAUAGAUUGAAUGUAUGAAUAGAUUGAAUGUAUGAAUAGCUUGAAUGUAUGAAUAGAUUGAAUGUAUGAAUAGCUUGAAUGUAUGAAUAGAUUAAAUGUAUGAAUAGCUUGAAUGUAUCCAUAUAUCAACUCUUUAUGGUAACCCGCCCAGGUUUAUCAAUUGUUCAUUUAGGGUGUAGGAAUGGCAUCAUUGAAACAAAUAUUUAAGUUGGCUUGUGAACUACUUGUGUGCAAUUUACUGUCAUUGUCGUUAGUAUUAGCUUAACAGUCGGACGAUGCUAGAGGUUGACACGGACGAUGCUAGAGGUUGACACGGACGAUGCAAGAGGUUGACACGGACGAUGCUAGAGGUUGACACGGACGAUGCUAGAGGUUGACACGGACGAUGCUAGAGAUUGACACGGACGAUCCUAGAGGUUGAAACGGACGAUGCUAGAGGUUGACUCUGGCGAUGCUAGAUUGAGAAAAAAGUGCAUAGUGAGAAGAGCACACGUGCCUUGCUUGGCUCAGCGAGUGCUAAAAAUAGCCGUCUGUAUACCAAGGUAGACAUCGCCACCCGAGCAAGGCCCACACUUGUGCAUACCUCAAGUCUUGUUUGUACGUUCUCCCCCUGGUGUAUGCUGGGAUAGAUAACAAAAAGGUUACUCACAGCUUAGCUGCGCGGGGCUGAUUUACACUUGGCAUAUUUAUAGAUUAGCAUUUAACUUGUUCGGGGACUAAUAUAUUAUGUGAUAAACAGAAUAUGGAAUAAAUCACGUCACAGCGUCCAAGUUGAUUUGUCUGGUGAUUAUAUUUCCAAUGUACAACUGCAACGACAUGAAUUAUAUUAGUCGAAGUGUAAGCUCAGAUGGGAUGGGGAAGAGAUGGUUCAUAAAAAUAACUGAAUCGGUCGUAGUCGAAGUGUAAGCUCAGAUGAGAUGGGGAAGAGAUCGUUCAUAAAAAUAACUGAAUCGGUCGUAGUCGAAGUGUAAGCUCAGAUGAGAUGAGGAAGAGAUCGUUCAUAAAAAUAACUGAAUCGGUCGUAGUCGAAGUGUAAGCUCAGAUGAGAUGGGGAAGAGAUGGUUCAUAAAAAUAACUGAAUCGGUCGUAGUCGAAGUAUAAGCUCAGAUGUAAUGGGGAAGAGAUGGUUCAUAAAAAUAACUGAAUCGGUCGUAGUGGAAGUGUAAGCUCAGAUGAGAUGGGGAAGAGAUCGUUCAUAAAAAUAACUGAAUCGGUCGUAGUCGAAGUGUAAGCUGAGAUUAGAUGGGGACGAGAUAGUUCAUCCAAAUAACUGAAUUGGUUGGAUCAAUGGAGGACGACCCUUAAGAAUCCAGUGGUUCUCAAACUUUUUUUUUCGGCCACCGGCCCUUUGGGCUAACGCAAAUAUUUUAAUCACACCAUUUCUACCCAGUUUUUGAAGAUAUUAUUGUGUGCACUGCUCUCCAAAAGAUGGGGUGGGGGGGACACAAUACAAUGUAUAAAAAAACAACAAAUCAGCAACAUUUCAAUGUAUAGAAAAACACAAUACAAUGUAUAAAAAACAACACAAUACAAUGUAUGAGAUAAAACACUUAUAAGAAAAACACAUUACUCUAUAGGAAAAACUAUUAACAAUGUUUUGAAAAACACACCAAAAAAUUAUAGGGAAAAACACAACAGUGUAUAAGAAAAAGCACAUUAAAAUGUAUAAGAAAAACACAAUACAAUGCAUAAGAAAAAUACAUAACAAUGUAUAAGAAAAACAAAAUACAAUGUAUAGGGAAAAACACAAUAAAAUGUAAAGAAAAAGCACAUAACAAUGUAUAAGAAAAAACACAAAACAAUGUAUAAGAAAAAACACAUUACAAUGUAUAGGAAAAACACAUUACAAUGUAUAGGAAAAACUCAUUACAGUGUAUAGGAAAAACACAUUACAAUGUAUAAUAAAAACACAUUACAAUGUAUAGGAAAAACACAUUACAAUGUAUAGGAAAAACACAAAACAAUGUAUAGGAAAAACACAUUACAAUGUAUAGGAAAAACACAUUACAAUGUAUAGGAAAAACACAUUACAUUGUAUAGGAAAAACACAUUAUAAUGUAUAGGAAAACACAUUACAAUGUAUAGGAAAAACACAUUACAAUGUAUAGGAAAAACACAUUAUAAUGUAUAGGAAAACACAUUACAAUGUAUAGGAAAAACACAUUACAAUGUAUAGGAAAAACACAUUACAAUGUAUAGGAAAAACACAUUAUAAUGUAUAGGAAAACACAUUACAAUGUAUAGGAAAAACACAUUACAAUGUAUAAUAAAAACACAUUACAAUGUAUAGGAAAAACACAUUACAAUGUAUAGAUAGAACACAUUACAAUGUAUAGAAAAAACACAUUACAAUGUAUAGGAAAAACACAUUACAAUGUAUAGGAAAAACUCAUUACAAUGUAUAUGAAAAACACAUUACAAUGUAUAAUAAAAACACAUUACAAUGUAUAGGAAAAACACAUUACACCAUUACAAUGUAUAGGAAAAACACAUUAAAAUGUAUAGGAAAAACACAUUACAAUGUAUAGGAAAAACACAUUACAAUGUAUAGGAAAAACACAUUACAAUGUAUAGGAAAAACACAUUAAAAUGUAUAGGAAAAACACAUUACAAUGUAUAGGAAAAACACAUUACAAUGCAUAAUAAAAACACAUUACAAUGUAUAGGAAAAACACAUUACAAUGUAUAGGAAAAACACAUUACAAUGUAUAAGAAAAAACACAAAACAAUGUAUAAGAAAAAACACAUAACAAUGUAUAAUAAAAACACAUUACAAUGUAUAGGAAGAACACAUUACAAUGUAUAGGAAAAAAACAUUACAAUGUAUAGGAAAAACACAUUACAAUGUAUAGGAAAAACACAUUAUAAUGUAUAGGAAAACACAUUACAAUGUAUAGGAAAAACACAUUACAAUGUACAAUAAAAACACAUUACAAUGUAUAGGAAAAACACAUUACAAUGUAUAAUAAAAACACAUUACAAUGCAUAGGAAAAAAACAUUACAAUGUAUAGGAAAAACACAUUACAAUGUAUAGGAAAAACACAUUACAAUGUAUAGGAAAACACAUUACAAUGUAUAGGAAAAACACAUUACAAUGUAUAAUAAAAACACAUUACACCAUUACAAUGUAUAGGAAAAACACAAAACAAUGUAUAGGAAAAACACAUUACAAUGUAUAGGAAAAACUCAUUACAAUGUAUAGGAAAAACACAUUACAAUGUAUAGGAAAAACACAUUACAAUGUAUAGGAAAAACACAUUAAAAUGUAUAGGAAAAACACAUUACAAUGUAUAGGAAAAACACAUUACAAUGUAUAGGAAAAACACAUUACAAUGUAUAGGAAAAACACAUUACAAUGCAUAAUAAAAACACAUUACAAUCUAUAGGAAAAACACAUUACAAUGUAUAGGAAAAACACAUUACAAUGUAUAAUAAAAACACAUUACAAUGUAUAGGUAAAACACAUUACAAUGUACAAUACAAACACAUUACAAGGUAUAGGAAAAACACAUUACAAUGUAUAAUAAAAACACAUUACAAUGUAUAGGAAAAACACAUUACAAUGUAUAGGAAGAACACAUUACAAUGUAUAGAAAAAACACAUUACAAUGUAUAGGAAAAACACAUUACAAUGUAUAGGAAAAACUCAUUACAAUGUAUAGGAAAAACACAUUACAAUGUAUAAUAAAAACACAUUACAAUGUAUAGGAAAAACACAUUACAAUGUAUAAUAAAAACACAUUACGAUGUAUAGGAAAAACACAUUACAAUGUAUAGAAAAAACACAUUACAAUGUAUAAUAAAAACACAUUACAAUGUAUAGGGAAAACACAUUACAAUGUACAAUAAAAACACAUUACAAUGUAUAGGAAAAGCACAUUACAAUGUAUAAUAAAAACACAUUACAAUGUAUAGGAAAAACACAUUACAAUGUAUAAUAAAAAACACAUUACAAUGUAUAGGAAAAACACAUUACAAUGUACAAUAAAAACACAUUACAAUGUAUAGGAAAAACACAUUAUAAUGUAUAGGAAAACACAUUACAAUGUAUAGGAAAAACACAUUACAAUGUAUAGAAAAAACACAUUACAAUGUAUAAUAAAAACACAUUACAAUGUAUAGGGAAAACACAUUACAAUGUACAAUAAAAACACAUUACAAUGUAUAGGAAAAACACAUUACAAUGUAUAAUAAAAACACAUUACAAUGUAUAGGAAAAACACAUUACAAUGUACAAUAAAAACACAUUACAAUGUAUAGGAAAAACACAUUACAAUGUAUAGGAAAAACACAUUACAAUGUAUAGGAAAAACACAUUACAAUGUAUAGGAAAAACACAUUACAAUGUAUAGGAAAAACACAUUACAAUGUAUAGGAAAAACACAUUACAAUGUAUAGGAAAAACACAUUACAAUGUAUAGGAAAAACACAUUACAAUGUAUAGGAAAAACACAUUACAAUGUAUAGGAAAAACACAUUACAAUGUAUAGGAAAAACACAUUACAAUGUAUAGGAAAAACACAUUACAAUGUAUAGGAAAAACACAUUACAAUGUAUAGGAAAAACACAUUACAAUGUAUAGGAAAAACACAUUACAAUGUAUAGGAAAAACACAUUACAAUGUAUAGGAAAAACACAUUACAAUGUAUAGGAAAAACACAUUACAAUGUAUAGGAAAAACACAUUACAAUGUAUAGGAAAAACACAUUACAAUGUAUAGGAAAAACACAUUACAAUGUAUAGGAAAAACACAUUACAAUGUAUAGGAAAAACACAUUACAAUGUAUAGGAAAAACACAUUACAAUGUAUAGGAAAAACACAUUACAAUGUAUAGGAAAAACACAUUACAAUGUAUAGGAAAAACACAUUACAAUGUAUAGGAAAAACACAUUACAAUGUAUAGGAAAAACACAUUACAAUGUAUAGGAAAAACACAUUACAAUGUAUAGGAAAAACACAUUACAAUGUAUAGGAAAAACACAUUACAAUGUAUAGGAAAAACACAUUACAAUGUAUAGGAAAAACACAUUACAAUGUAUAGGAAAAACACAUUACAAUGUAUAGGAAAAACACAUUACAAUGUAUAGGAAAAACACAUUACAAUGUAUAGGAAAAACACAUUACAAUGUAUAGGAAAAACACAUUACAAUGUAUAGGAAAAACACAUUACAAUGUAUAGGAAAAACACAUUACAAUGUAUAGGAAAAACACAUUAUAAUGUAUAGGAAAACACAUUACAAUGUAUAGGAAAAACACAUUACAAUGUAUAAUAAAAACACAUUACAAUGUAUAGGAAAAACACAUUACAAUGUAUAGGAAGAACACAUUACAAUGUAUAGAAAAAACACAUUACAAUGUAUAGGAAAAACACAUUACAAUGUAUAGGAAGAACACAUUACAAGGUAUAGAAAAAACACAUUACAAUGUAUAGGAAAAACACAUUACAAUGUAUAGGAAAAACUCAUUACAAUGUAUAUGAAAAACACAUUACAAUGUAUAAUAAAAACACAUUACAAUGUAUAGGAAAAACACAUUACAAUGUAUAAUAAAAACACAUUACGAUGUAUAGGAAAAACACAUUACAAUGUAUAGAAAAAACACAUUACAAUGUAUAAUAAAAACACAUUACAAUGUAUAGGGAAAACACAUUACAAUGUACAAUAAAAACACAUUACAAUGUAUAGGAAAAGCACAUUACAAUGUAUAAUAAAAACACAUUACAAUGUAUAGGAAAAACACAUUACAAUGUAUAAUAAAAAACACAUUACAAUGUAUAGGAAAAACACAUUACAAUGUACAAUAAAAACACAUUACAAUGUAUAGGAAAAACACAUUAUAAUGUAUAGGAAAACACAUUACAAUGUAUAGGAAAAACACAUUACAAUGUAUAGAAAAAACACAUUACAAUGUAUAAUAAAAACACAUUACAAUGUAUAGGGAAAACACAUUACAAUGUACAAUAAAAACACAUUACAAUGUAUAGGAAAAACACAUUACAAUGUAUAAUAAAAACACAUUACAAUGUAUAGGAAAAACACAUUACAAUGUACAAUAAAAACACAUUACAAUGUAUAGGAAAAACACAUUAUAAUGUAUAGGAAAACAUAUUACAAUUUAUAGGAAAAACACAUUACAAUGUAUAGAAAAAACACAUUACAAUGUAUAAUAAAAACACAUUACAAUGUAUAGGGAAAACACAUUACAAUGUACAAUAAAAACACAUUACAAUGUAUAGGAAAAACACAUUACAAUGUAUAAUAAAAACACAUUACAAUGUAUAGGAAAAACACAUUAUAAUGUAUAGGAAGAACACAUUACAAUGUAUAUGAAAAACACAUUACAAUGUAUAGGAAAAACACAUUACAAUGUAUAAUAAAAACACAUUACAAUGUAUAGGAAAAACACAUUACAAUGUACAAUAAAAACACAUUACAAUGUAUAGGAAAAACACAUUACAAUGUAUAAUAAAAACACAUUACAAUGUAUAGGAAAAACACAUUAUAAUGUAUAGGAAGAACACAUUACAAUGUAUAUGAAAAACACAUUACAAUGUAUAGGAAAAACACAUUACAAUGUAUAGGAAAAACACAUUACAAUGUAAAAUAAAAACACAUUACAAUGUAUAGGAAAAACACAUUACAAUGUAUAAUAAAAAACACAUUACAAUGUAUAGGAAAAACACAUCAGUGGCGUAGCUAGGGGGCUGCCGGUGGUGCGGACCGCACCGGGUGACACCAUCUCAAGGGGUGACACCAAAUUGAAAGAUUUCAUAUUUACAGAGAAUACACUGCUCGAUCUAACCGGAUUUUCGUAAAAGGAUAACAGAUCACACGUACGUUUUCCACACAUAACCAAUCCAAAUGCCUGGUUUAUUAAACGUUCAAGGUCAGAAGUGAGGUAACCCAAUAAUUAGGGCGUUAGUGAAAGGAAGCUUUAUUUAUUAUAACUGUGGUCGGACGAUUCUAAGUACCGGUACAGGAAUCGAAUCAGUAAAAAUUAAAAAGAUAAAAAAUAACUUUUUACCCAUUUAUAGGGUUAACAAAAUAAUAUCUUACACCAUUUUCUAAUAUCUUUUAAUCAUUAAUUUAAAUUUAUUUUUAUUUUUUUAUAUUUUUUUUUGAAACCAAAUAUAUCGAAACCAAUGUUGCCUUAAGGAUAAUUGAAUGGACUAUAUGUUUGUAAAUUGAAUUCUUCAGUAUAUAUAAAAUAAACUACCACAAAUGACACUGAGUCAAAAUGGACCAGAACACGCAGCGCCACCAUUCGCACCCGGGUACCAUUAGACUCUAGCUAUUCGGAUGUCAUUUGAAGGUAGUUUAUUUUAGUUAAACUGAAGAAGUCAGUUUACAAACAUUUAGUCCAUUCAAUUAUCUUUCAUAUGAUCCCUCAUUUUGUCUUAGAAACCCAACAAUAAUAUUUUAAAUAGUUUUUUAAUCCCAAUCUCUCACUUCUGGUACCCGGGUACGAAUAGUCUAAUGGGACCCGCGUGCGAAUGACGGCGCUGCGUGUCCGUAGCCAUUUUGACUAAAUGCUAUUCGGAUGUCAUUUGUGGUAGUUUGUUUUAGUUGAAAUGAAGAAGUCAGUUUACAAACAAAUAGUCCAUUCAGUUAUCUUUCAGUUGAUCCCUCAUUUUGUCUUACAGACCCAACAAUAAUAUUUUUAAUGGUUUUUUAAUCACAACCUCUCGCUUCUGGUACCCGGGUACGAAUAGCCACUUCGAUAAAUGAAAUGUAAAAAAAUAAGAACAACUUAACCUUGUUAAACAACUUAACCUUGUUAAACAACUUAACCUUGUUAAACAACUUAACCUUGUUAAACAACUUAACCUUGUUAAACAACUUAACCUUGUUAAACAACUUAACCUUGUUAAACAACUUAACCUUGUUACAGUUAUUUCAAAAACCUUUACGCCCUGACAUUUGAUUCAUGACAUGGAGUAAAUGCGAAAACCUUUGAUGAAGGUUUGCCUCGAAAGGGUACAUCACUGAGAAUCAUUUUUUAUGUUAACUGGUAUUAAUAUUUGCUUCCAACCUUUCAUUAUAAUAAAAUAUUAUUAUUAAACAUUAAAUACAGAAAAGAAAAUAAGUCAUUUGCUUGCUUUUAUAAUUUCUAUAUGCAUUGUGCUGUCUUACACCUUAAAAGGGCAAAGUCACCCCAUUUUUCCUUAGGUUGAAAAAUCUCAAAAAACCUUAAUUAUCAACUUAACCUGAUCAAACUAUGAAUUAAUUCAGCUAUAACAACAAAGUGCAGGUACCCACUUUGUACAUUAGCCCCUUUGUGUUAGUUUUUAGAUCAGUUAACAUGUUGAAACUUAUGCUUAAAGGCCAAAAGUAGGCAAAGUCACCCCGUUUCACGGUACAUAAAAUUUUUAUCAAAAGAGACAUGAUCAUGACAUUAAAAUAAAAUACAUUUAUGAAAUAAAGUUCAACAAUGUAUAUUCACCCACCCCACCACAUAACUUUUACAAGGCAAACCAUGGACGGCAGCCAGCAAGAUCAUUUAUCGGUCAGAGGAGGGGAAUCAGUCAGGGUAGUAUAAUUUUAAAAUAUAUGUUUUUAGUGCAGUUUUGAAGGCCUGGGUGGUUGGUAUAUUGCGUAUGUGUAGUGGCAAAGAAUUCCAUUGUUUGUGGGCGCAGAAAGAGAAAGAUCGUUCACCAUAUGUUUUAGUGUGUGUCUUGGGAACGGACAGAAUACGCGUGUCUGCAGAGGAUCGAAGCUGUCGAAGGGGUGAAUAGAUAGAAAGAAGUUUGGUUAGAUAUGAAGGGUAGGAAUCCAAGAAAAAGUUGUGACAGAGAACAGACAACUUGUAGUCGAUGUGUGCCUGUAUAGGGAGCCAAUGAAGGGAAUGGAGUAGUGGAGUGACGAGAUCACGUUUUUUUUUUUUGCCUUUAAAACUAGCCUAGCAGCUGAGUUUUGAACUUUCUGCAGUUUUUCUAUGCAGUGUUUUAGUGAACCUGACAGAAGAGAGUUGCAAUAGUCAAGACGAGAGAGAACAAGAGCACAGACUAGAGCUUUUGUAGCGCUAACUGUGAAGUAGUGGCGUAUGGAGCUGAUCUGACGGAUAGUGGUGUAUGCUGAACGACAAAUAUGAGAUAUGUGUUUAUCGAGAGACAUGUUGUUAGAAAGAAUAUAACCAAGAAUCCUAGCAGAGGGUGUAAACCGUACGUCAGAGUUACCUACUUGAAAUGAGGUAGGAAGAGUUGAGGUAGAGGGUGAUGUGUGAUUGUGGAUGAGGAGUGCUUCCGUUUUGUCAUCAUUAAGCUUCAAAUUGAUGAGUGUCAUACAUGACUUGACAUCAUCAAUGCACCCCCGCAGAGUCUGGACAGCGGAUUCAACAAGAGAAGGAUGGGUAUGCUUGUAUAGCUGCGUAUCACCUGCAAAUGACUGGCUCUCAACAGCAUGCCUCCCAAGCAAGAGGAGCAGUGGUCUGGUAUAUAAUGUGAAUAGAAUCGGGCCUAAAACGGACCCCUGUGGUACUCCAUACACCAAAUCAGCACUGCCUGAGAGACAGCCAUCGACAGAGACCGACUGCGUUCUAUCAGAGAGGUAGGAUCUAAACCAAGCCAAAACUGAACCAGAAAUUCCAAAGUAAUUUUCAAGGGUUUUCAAAAGGAUUACAUGGUCAACAGUGUCAAAGGCCGCACUGAGGUCUAAGAGAAUCAGGAUGGAGAUAUCACCAAAGUCCAAUGCGAGCAAGAGGUCAUUGUUAUACUUCUACACUGUAACUAAGUCUUAUGUAGCCUAAUUCAUUCAGUUAUACUUCUACACUGUAACUAAGUCUAAUGUAGCCUAAUUCAUUCAGUUAUACUUCUACACUGUAACUAAGUCUAAUGUAGCCUAAUUCAUUCAGUUAUACUUCUACACUGUAACUAGGUCUAAUGUAGCCUAAUUCAUUCAGUUAUACUUCUACACUGUAACUAGGUCUAAUGUAGCCUAAUUCAUUCAGUUAUACUUCUACACUGUAACUAGUCCUAAUGUAGCCUAAUUCAUUCAGUUAUACUUCUACACUGUAACUAGGUCUAAUUUAAUCAACAUAUUCGGCUCUUUGUAUUCUAAUGUAUAAGCCCUGUGGCUCCCAACAGAUAUUUUUAGCAUCAUUAAUUUAUGAAACUAUGGCUCCUCACUCAAAACAUGUCGCCAACCACUGUCAAAAUAGCUUAUCUAUAAAGUAGAAGGCUUAACCUGCACUUAGUCAAUGUAACUAACUUCUUCACUAUUGACAUGCUUUUAAUACUUUGAGUGAGCCUGGCAAAGACACAUUCAUUUUAAAAUGUCUGGUUUUAGAGAUCCCACUCAAGUCACAAGGCACCAAAUACGAUUUUGAAUGGGCAACAAUGAGCUGUUUAAUUCAGUCUCCGACUCUCCGCAGAGAGGGAUACUGACAUGAUCUUUUCUUUUGUAACAUGGUUUUUGAUGCUUUGGCUUUAUUUUAAAGUUGAAAUAACUUUUACCCCCACUUACGCAAUAGUAGAAAAUCUGCAAUUUAUAUAAAAAGAAAAUCAUAAAAUUGCUCAGACAUUCAAUUUUGUACCAUAAUCAGUGGUCGCAAAAUAUUUGAUUUCUUAUGCUCAGUUCACACGAUCAAAUUUUCGUCACAUUUCGUUUUGAACGUUCUAUAUUGUGUGUAAAAAUUGUAACGCGAAAUAGUGCGUUAAAAAAAAUCAAUGUUCUGUUUCUGGAAGUGUUCGUUGCUGCAUUCCAAUACUGGCAUCUGUGCAACGGUUGGGGAAGCGAUGUUGCUAUUCUAACAGCUCCUAGUAGAUGUCAGGGCAGCAUUAAAGCUUUCGACCGAUGUCGAGUCCACAGCGGCAUCGUCCAGGUGGUUCCAAGCGAUCAUUGUAACGAAAAUGUGAAUCAAAUUUGAUCAUGUGAACUGAGCAUUUCAGUUUCAGAGAAACGAGAUACAAAUAUGGAGAUUGUUGAUUUGAUUUUAAUAAAAUUGACCUCAUUGCAAACGUAAUUUCAUAGAACUGAAUUAAUUAGGGUUAUACAUCUUGAAAUUAAUCGACGUCUUGUGUCGCGCCACGGUGAUGACUAAUAUGAAAAGCUUUACACUUCAAAAACAUUGUCAUAUCAAAGCAAAUCAACCGAUCGGAUUUGACAAUAUGCUGCCCACUUUGAGAAUCACUUCUUUAGAACAAUAGGCUACUUACUGGUGACAAACAUUUCAAGCUGCUUAUACUGUUUAUAUAUAUAUAUAUUAUAUAUAUAUAUAAAUUAUAUAAACAACUAUUUAAGCCGGAAUAACAGAAUAACAUAUUUGCAAUUAAUAAAUUAUUAUAAAUAGGUUAUGGCCAAUGUUCCCUCUAAGGUUUGUUGGUUCGUGUGCAAAAUUAUACAAUUGUGUGCAAAGUUUUACAGCAUCAAUUUUUUUGUGUGCAAAAUUCUACAGCCCACAAACACAUACAUACACUUACAUGGAAAUGUGCUGCGCGGUACUCGAAACUGCUGCGCGGCGUCUGUGCGAUAGCUGCGCGCCCGCGCAGCUUAAAGGGAACAUUGGUUUUGGCCCAAUUGAAAUGACAUAUAAAAGACAAUUGCUUUUUUCUGAAAGUGUGUAGAGUUUUUUUAACUUGAAUCAACUUAAAAAAAAAUUAAGUAAUUAGCUCAUAAUACUAUUAAAAUUAAGCCUGCUAAUAUCCAUAGUUUUUUAAGAUACAAAAGUGAAAGUAUGUCACUUUCAUAGGGGUGGGAGGAUUCAGAAAUUGAAUGCACCCUUCUCCAUACAUUAAAAAAAAAGAUUCAAAUGACAGGGAUGCAUUUUAGCGAAUACUUGAAUUUAUGUUUGUAUUAUUCUAAAUUUAUUUGGAGAGGAACGGUGGAGAUUUAGGUGACCCAUGACCUGGCUGUGUUUAUAGAAAUCUGUUACUUUGAGCUGUUUCUAAAUUGUCCAAUGGAAAUAAAAUCAUGUUUAAUUUGUGCCAUUUCUUUGUCUACUGAAUGAAUGAAGUCAUCGAAAGAAUAUAUCAAACAUUCCAACCAAAAACUUACCCGUCACAAAAAUGCACCGCUACCAUCAUAAUAUGGGGCAUAUGCCCUACAUGUAAGCCACCAUCAUGGUAUGGGGUAUAUGCCCUACAUGUAAGCUAACAUCAUUAUAUUGGGUAUAAGCCCUACAUGUAAGCUACCAUCAUGAUAUGGGGUAUACGCCCUACAUGUAAGCUACCAUCAUGAUAUGGGGUAUAUGCCCUACAUGUAAGCUACCAUCAUGAUAUGGGGUAUAUGCCCUACAUGUAAGCUACCAUCAUGAUAUGGGGUAUAUGCCAUACAUGUAAGCUACCAUCAUGGUAUGGGGUAUAUGCCCUACAUGUAAGCUACCAUCAUGGUAUGGGGUAUAUGCCCUACAUGUAAGCUACCAUCAUGAUAUGGGGUAUAUGCCCUACAUGUAAGCUACCAUCAUGAUAUGGGGUAUAUGCCCUACAUGUAAGCUACCAUCAUGGUAUGGGGUAUAUGCCCUACAUGGAAGCUAACAUCAUGAUAUGGGGUAUAUGCCCUACAUGUAAGCUAACAUCAUUAUAGUUUGCAUGUGCUCUAAAUGUUAGCUAACAUCAUUAUAUGGGGCAUAUGCCCUAUAUGUUGAACGAAAGUGAAAAAAAACGGCUAAAAUAACUUUUUGCUUUUAUUUAAAUUGUAAAUGUUCUCCAAUUUUACCUAAAAAUGGAAGAAAAAAAUAACUAAGGAAAAGGUCUAGAGAUGUUUAGGCCUCUUUAAAAAUGAUCAAAUUAAAAGAAACAUUUAUAAUGAAAGGAACAAAUGAGCACCCAUUUCCAGUGCUAGAGCACCAAUGUCCAGUAAAAUACCACCCAUUUCCAGAGAUAGAGCACCGAUGUCCAGUAAAAUAGCACCCAUUUCCAGUGCUAGAGCACCGAUGUCCAGUAAAAUAGCACCCAUUUCCAGAGAUAGAGCACCGAUGUCCAGUAAAAUAGCACCCAUAUCCAAUGAUAGAGCUCCUCUGUCCAAAAAUAGAGCACCCAUGUCCAAUGAUAGUGCACCAACGUCCAAAAAUGAAUAGGGGAGUAAACAAGACGAAUGCUUUGGGGUUGGGAGGGGGUUGGGUCCUAAAAUUUGACUUUUUUUACGUACUUAAUUAUUAUAGAUGGCACUUAUAUAAAAAUUAUUCAAUUAAAGUCAACCAAUUAAUAGUAACCAAAUAUAUAGAGUGAUCUACUAUUUGAAGCUUUUACUAAUUAUAACUUGCGAAAUUUCACCAAUCGCCAAAGGGGAAUAUACGUAGUGGGCCUAAAGCAGCAUCUUUAUAAAAAAAAUAAAUUACGAAAAUAAAAAAUAAAAAAAACAUCCACAAGAUCCUUUACACCCCACGUCCUCCCUGUCAGCAUUUGACCCCCCCCCCCAACCCCCCCCCGCCCCCCGUUUUUUUUUUAGUCGCGCAAAGUAGGGGACAUUGUUUGCAGUUUUAUAAUAUAAGUGACCAAAACACUUAAACUACAAUUAAUAGGCCUACAUGAAGCUUUUUUCAGUUAGUUAGGACUCAUGACAUAAAAAUUUAAUAGGAUCUAUUUCUUGUGUGUUCCAACUGUCAAAUCAAAAUAUAAUCAACAAUAAAAACUCCUGUCUCGGUCAAAUCGACACGGCGGUCGCUUGAACUUGAGUCGUUAACAAGCCAGCACCAGUUUUCUACGAAUUUGCAGACAUGAACAAUUGGCCACUUAACUAAAAAGCAGAAGAAAUGAAAUUAAUAACCUCGAUUUUAAAGAUAUAUGAUUUCGUCUAACAUUCAUUGACUCAGUUCCUUUUUUCUUAAAUGUCCAGGUUGCAGCGAAAUAUGACAGCGGCAGCGAAUUGGAAGUCAGACAAUGGAUUCAGAAACUUACAGGACAAGAUAUCGGAAGCGGAGCUAUGGAAGUGGAGAAGAGACUCAGAAAUGGCCAGAUUCUCGUUCAGUGAGUGAACUAAAUGUAGAAACCUCAAAGUCUAAGUAAAGUAAAAGUCAGUGGUAAGAUUUUAAUAGGUCAGAUAUAAUGGACUUAAACAUAUAAUGGACUCAAAGAUAUAAAGGCGACUUAACUUGAUGCUUAAACUUAAACAUGGGAUUGGGUAAGUUUUUUUUAGCCUCGGAGUUGGGGGUGGAGGGGGAUAUUUUAUUCAUUUUAAAAUGGAAUAGUAGGCCUAAUAGUAUAUAUUAUAGUAGCAGUUACUAGCAGUAGGUCUAAUAUAGUCUUAUUCUAACUACUAACAGAGCAGUUGGUUAUUUAUUGUAAUUGAAAUUGAUUCAAUGAAUCAAAUAAUAAUUAUGAAAAAUAACCUUACAUACAAUUAACUCUACUACUACUAACAUUAACAUUGUUAAUUUUUUAGUAACAUCCUACUCUACCAAACAACAGUUUUAAACAGUUAAUUUAAAAAACAUAAAUGUUAAUAUUAAUAAAUAGUUGACUUAGUAGGUAGGCCUCACUACUAGAUCCCUGUCCAUGUUGAAAUGAAUGAAACAAGAAAAUUGAAAUAGAGUAGGCAGGGCGUUGGAAGAGCUCUUGCUGAAAGUUUACUAGAUUUAUUUGUAUUUUUCAUUCAGUGAAAAAAUCAUUAUGGAAAUAUGAAAUAUCACAGUUAAUUUGUUGUUUUCAAUUACAACUACAAGCAAGCCAAAUAUUUUAAAACUUCACCCAUUUUUAACACAUUUUACUGUCUCUCCCCCCCCCCCCAACUUAGUAGGCCUAUAUUAAAUAAAUGUAGCCUUUUCCUUUGCCCUAGCUAAUUUUCAACAAUUCCUUAUAAUUUCCAAACAUGUGAUUUGCAGGGAAACAUGCAUGCAAUAACAGAAUACACAAAAAUAUUCAUAUUGAUUCAUAUUUAAUAAUAUUUUCAUAGUAAACUAUCUUAUCUCAUAAUUUGGUUUAUUUAUCAGGUUUAAAUAUUUUAGGAAUUAAGUUUAGAUCAGUUCAAAUACUCAUGAAAUCUCCAAUAUAAUUAUUAAAAGUAAGCAGCAGACUCACUUGAGGGGGAGGGUGUAGGGUUUGCAUACCGCACCAGGUGCCACCCUUACAGGUGGGGGUGGGGGUGGUGAUACCCACCCAGGGUUGUCAACUCAAUAAAAUUAAGUUUACUGACAAAUUUUCUAAAUCUCCUCAACUUGUAGGGAUAAGAAAAAAAAUUCAGGUCCCAUUUUAAAUUUAUGUUGUUGAAACUAUGAAGCUAAACAAAAUUAAAUAUCUAUCAUAUUUCUAUGAAAUGUACUAUUUCAAAUAUCAAAUACUAAGACUUAUGUUACAUUUGACCAUGAGACAUGAUUACCACUUUGAAGAGUUAGGUUACUGUAUGACACUCUCACCAGUCUUCUUUUCAUAAUGAGUAUAAAAGUUUAAAGCAAGCUUCAAAGGAUGUUAGUGCAAUGUCUUAUUUUUUUUAUGGACAUCAUAAAAUUCUUAUAGACAUUUACAGAAAAUUCAUUUGAGGUGAUAUUUUUAUGGACUGUUUGUAAGUUUACGGACGGUUGGCAACCCUGGUGACUCCAAAUGAGAAAUUUGACAGAACUUACAUAAGUUGGUCUCAUAACAUAUCUAAGUUAAUACAAGAGCAGGAGACCAUCAGAUUUGAGUGCAAUCAGAAUUGAGUGCCUGCCUCAAGAACAGGUUAUCGCAAGAGCAGGUGCCACCAUCAUUUCUAGUGUGUUUUCCUUUAAGUUUAUAGUCGAUUAGCUUAAGUUUGGGGUGCUCUAAAAGAGUCAUGACUUCAGAAAAACAUGAAAAAGGAGCUCCUGUCUCAAUUCCCAUUACAGAUUGUUUUAAAUCAACAGCAGUUUGAAGGGCUGUUUCAUAUCUCUGUUUUUUUGUUAAAAUAUCUAUUGUCACCAUUUUAUUUGUUCAAUCUUUUUGCUUAAGGGUCUCCUGCCCAGGCAAAGAAAGACUAAAAAUGGUCAAUAUUUGAAGUUUUAGAAUUAAGCCAAUUAUUUCUCACACUAUUUAAGAGGAGCUAUUCAAAAAUUAAACUUAUGAAGAGCUAUUUCCGAUCUAAUAUGAAACAGAUUUAAUGUGAUUUUGUCAUUUGAAAUUGAUGAGAUGAAGGAUGCUAACUUUGAUGAAGUGGUUGACUGGUUUUCACCUUUGAAAACUGGGGCAGUAAAGUUGUUACUGUUAAGGUUUCUGUUUCAAUAAAAAGUAUUUUUUAUCCAUAUUUUAAAAGAUGUAAAUUCAAUUGCUAUGUUUUCCUCUUACGUCUUUUUUUUGUUGCUUUGGGGCUUAAUUUAAAAUAAAUCUUCUAAGCCAUGGGUUGGCAACCAGACUUGGCAGACAUAGUGAUUUUCUUUGUCACGCGGAUUAAAAUAAUAAUUAUGAAAACUAAAAAAAUGCGUCUUAAAUGGUAGACUUAUUAUGAGCGUGCUGAAUGAUUUAGAAGUCUUACUUUGGCAACCCCUGCUCUAAGCCUUUGUGUAGGAUCUGGUAAAGAGUAUCUCAAUGCAAUUUGGUGUGGGGGGGUGAGGUAGGGGAUGACACGAUGAGUUUACCACACCUGUUGACCCCAACUCUAAUGACGCCUCUGAAAGUAUGUUAUGUUUUAGAAAAUGAUUCACUCAGUAAUUCAUAGUUAUAAAGAAAUAUAAUCACUUUUUAAAAGAUUCUGUCUGAAAAUUCUGAUUAAAAAUAUAUAGUGCCUUCUCAUAUUUAUGACUUAAACUUCAAAAUGUUGUUAAAAUUUCAGAAUGUAAGAUGUUAUGAUAUUGUGUAUCCUAAAUGUUAUUCAAACUUAAAGUCACAAUGCAUGAUGUUGCAAUGGGAAGUAUGUUUUUGGAAGGGAAUUGCAGUGUUAAUUAACGGAACAUUGUAUUCCUAGUUAACCUAAAAAUCAAUUUUGCAUGAACAAGUCUACUUAUAAAUUUACAUUUAGUAAUGCACUUUUGAACCUUUUGCACCAACUGCUUAAAUAACUUUUAUACUGAGCUGCAGUAUACAGACACACAUAUUUUUGAAGUUCCUCUGAAAUGAAAAGAACUGCAGAUCAGGAAAUCUAAUUUCUUUACUUUAUAUUAUUUUCUAAACGUUUUAAAUAUGGAUUUUCUUUGCCAAAUAUAAAAGUAGACCUUAGAUGUUUAGUUGACACAUUGGUUAAGCAACAAUGUAAAUAGUUUAGCAAGAGUUUUGAAACCUAAUUGGUGUUUGAAAGAAAAAUUGUUUUUUGAAUUGCAUUCUGUGGUGGAUUGAUGGUAGGGCCUAUAUUUAAUGGCAUUCAAUUGCAUUCUGUGGUGGAUUGAUGGUAUAUUUAAUGGCAUUCUGUGGUGGAUUGAUGGUAGGGCCUUAUAUAUUUAAUGGCAUUCUGUGGUGGAUUGAUGGUAUAUUUAAUGGCAUUCUGUGGUGGAUUGAUGGUAGGGCCUUAUAUAUUUAAUGGCAUUCUGUGGUGGAUUGAUGGUAUAUUUAAUGGCAUUCUGUGGUGGAUUGAUGGUAGGGCCUUAUAUAUUUAAUGGCAUUCUGUGGUGGAUUGAUGGUAGGGCCUUAUAUAUUUAAUGGCAUUCUGUGGUGGAUUGAUGGUAGGGCCUUAUAUAUUUAAUGGCAUUCUGUGGUGGAUUGAUGGUAGGGCCUUAUAUAUUUAAUGGCAUUCAAAAGAAUUUAGGAAAUGCUUGUGAUCCAUAUUAAUUUGUUUGUUUAGCUGUGUUAACCUUUUGUUUUUUACUCUCUUUUCUAGACUGAUAAAUGCAGUUUAUGCAGGCACCCAAAACCUCCCCCCUGCAUGUAGAAAUAUCAAACUAAAAGGAAAUACAAGUCCUCUACCUUUCAAACAGGUAAAAUGAAAAUUUAGAAUCCCCCUUUCAAUACAUUAUUAUAAUGAUGAUGUAUACAAGGGGAUAUAAAUUUUCUGUGGUACAAGAUGCAGGGUGUGAUGGCACUGGAUAAAUAAUAUGAAAUUGCAAAACCAAAUUUGAAAACACACACAAACACAGAUAAUUAUGCUUAAUGAUCCAGUUUAAAACAAUAAUUGGGUAUUUAAAAAUCAUAAAUAUUUCAAGAUAAUUAAAUAAAUGAUUUUGUGCAUAAAUUUAGAAUUAAUUAGAUACUAAAUACUUGCUUUGUGUGCCAUAAAAUAUUGCACACUGGAAUGGGAGGAUGACUAAGCUGAGGCAGUUGUAAAAAAACCAGGUGGUUGUUUGUACUGGACUGUGUUAGUUGUUGUAACAAACCGGUUGGUCAUUGGAACAGAGUUGCUUUUAUAAAAAUAGAUAAAUUAUAAGUGCUGCUAAUAAGGUUAUAAAUCUAGUGUAAGUCUGGCCUUGGUGUGUGUUGAAAGUAUCCGGAGGACAAGAAAUUGGCCAUGUGCUGUAGGCACUGGUGUUGAAAGGGUGGCAUUUUGGACACCUCCAGUUGUUUUUGCAAGGGGGUGGGUGGGGUAAGAAAUAUUGUCCUGUACCAGGUAUUACUAGCCCUAACAACACCACUGGAUGUAGGUUAUAAACUUUAAGUAUACACUAAUAUUUCACUGGCUGUAGGUUAUAAACUCCUGAAGUAUAGGCCUACACUAAUAGUUUUGGUUCCAAAAGUUUUACUUUUCCUCAAAUGCAUAAAUAAUAAUGUUUAUCAUCACCUGGCAUGGUUAGAGUUUUCCAGAUAUUAGUUCAAAUUUUGUGUUUCCAACUGGCAUUUACAUUUGUAAAAUGAUUAUUAAAUGAUUUUUUGUUGUUGUAUUCCUGUGUAUAAUUGACCAAAGAUUUAUAGCACCACUGAUAAUGAAAGCACAAACUUGCUGACAAGGGUAUUUCAAAUAUUUCCGACAAUGUCUUAUUCUGCUUUAAUUCAAUAUUUAUAAUGUAAGUUAAUAUUUUGUUUUCAAAUGCUAUAUUAAUUUGAAAUGAUUUCUUACUAAUCAGAUGGAGAACAUUGAAAUCUUUCUGAAAGGAUGUGAGGCCUAUGGUGUGCCAUCUAACAGUCUUUUCCCAACUGCCGAUCUCUUUGAUGGUAGGAACAUGGCAAUGGUUAUUUCGACUAUUCUGCAAUUAGGAACAGAGGUAAAUAGUUCAGUAUAGUACUUAAGUUUAAACAUUUUUGUGAAAAUGCGCUUUUGAGUUUAUAACUAUGAAAUAAGUUUAAUUUUUAAAUAACAGCUCCCACUAUAAAAUUUUUAACUUUAUGUGUCAAAUUAUUUCAAGGCUAAUAACUGUCUUGUAAUUUGUAAUCACAAUUCUGUGAACUACUGAAAUCAUAUGACCUGAAAACUUAAAUAUAAUUUUUUUGUUUAAAUGUUUUUCUUAGUUUUGACUUAUUGUACUUAUACUUUAAGAUGGUAUAUAAUAAUAAAUUUAAAAAAAAUAAUUUCAUUGUCUAAGUCUUUCCAAGGUUUGAGCCUUGAGUAUAUUUGAAAUAAGAAAACAAUUAUUUCAUUUGUUCCCAUUCUUUGGUUUAGGAGUAUUUUCACCUGCCAAGAUGUAUGGAAUCUUAUUUUUUAACAUUGUAUUCUCACACACUUAUCUAUCCCAUUUUAAUACGUUUUUAAUGGGACAAAAAAGUCUACUCUAUUUGAUAGACACAUGAAACUUAAUUUUUACAUAAGCAUUCAAGGCUGCUUCUUCUAAUUCCCAAUACUAAAUAUGUAAAAGGCUUAUUUAUUAAGCUGCAUAUUAAGUGCUAAAAAAAGACACUUUAUUGGUCUGGUGAAUAUUUUACCAAAUUUCACAAUCCAACUUAUUUGUGAUUAAACCUUGAGCAUGGUGGUGUAUUAUUUCUUAAAUUUCACAUCUAUAUAAAAACAUGAUAUAGUUAUAUUAAAUUUUUAAUGUACAGUAUUUUAAAAUUCUAAGUGUCUAAAAUCUGUCAUGUAGGCAGGGAUUUUUGUUUAAGUAGCUAACUUGUAGAAAGAUCCUGAACAUCAAAUGGCCAAAUACCAUCACUAACAAAGGUCAACUAGAAAGGACUUACCAGGGGCCUAUUGAUGAAGGCAUCAUAAAGAAAAGAUAAAAGUGGAUAGGGCAUAGGCCUACUCUCCAAAAACUCCCAGAUAGCAUCACCAGACAAUCCCUCACAUAGAAACCACAGGGAAAGAGAAAGAGAGGAAGGCCAAAGAAUACUUGGAGAUGGGAGCUAGAGGCAGACGCACAAAAUAUGGGAUAAACCUGGAAGCAACUGGAAAGGAAAGCACUGGACCAAGAUGAAUGGAAAAUUCUUGUGGACGGCCUAUGCCCCAGAUGGGGUAAAAAGGCAUAAGAAGAAUAAAGAAGAAGUUAACGUAGCAGAAAAAUGUGCCUUCUUUUCAUUUUGAGACUAGUAGAGAUUAUAUUAUACAAAUAUUUACAAUCUGUGAUAAUCUGUUGUUAGAAGUUUAUCACACAAAAACAAAUGAGGACAAAGACAUUAAAUUGGAAAUUAUUUUAUGUAUUUUUAUUCUUCAGAGUCAAAGAAAUGGAUUUAAUGGUCCCACCUGUGGACCCAGGCCUUCAGAGAAACAUGUUGUUGAAUUUACUCAAGAGCAGCUCAGAGCUGGGCAGGGCAUUAUUGGUCUCCAGGUAAUAUAUUUCCUAGAGGUGAAAUUGAAGUAAUUCUGGGGCAUGGUACUCAUUACAGAAUAUGUAUGUGUUAUGUAAUAAUAUGUAUUGUAAUAAUUCAUUUCUCAGCAAGAUGUGCUGUUAUAAUUGAUAAAUAAGUGAGAUGUACUAAUAAUUCAAUCAAUGUAUUAAUUUGUUGCAGGCCGGUACCAAUAAGUGCGCAUCUCAGGCAGGUAUGAGCUUUGGAGCAUCUAGGCACAUUGCUGACAUCAGGGCUGAUGACAUGGUCAAGGAAGGUCAGGGUAUUAUUGGCCUCCAGGCUGGAUCUAACAAAGGAGCCUCUCAAGCUGGUAAGAUAAAUGAAUUGUUAAAAUGUUGGAUUUAAAUAGUAUAGACCAGUGUUUUUAAAAAAUGUAAGCAAAUUAUUACAAAUAACUUUUUUUUUUUUUAACUUAAGCAAUUAGAAGUGAUUUAUAUGUUUUCAAACUCAGUUGGUCUCAUAUAAAGAAUUUUGAAUAUGCCCCAUUAUUUAUCAUAAAUUUCUAUAAGGGGAAAACUUCCUAUGGGUGAAUUUAAAUUUCCAAGGUAAAUAGCAUACAAUAAUCCAGAAUGACUGUGUGAUGAGGUUGAAUGCAAGGUGAUUGACUCUUGGUUUUAAAAUACUAUAUAACUUGGAAUGAAUAAUGUUCAAUGCCAGAAAAUAUUUCAAUUUUACAAACCAAAUAAAAUGCAUAAUUUUAAGUGAGAGAAAAUAUAAAUGCUUUGAAAACUUAGCAUUCAAUCAUUUUCCCUAUCAUAACUUCUCAAAUAAUAUUGAUAAUUCCAUUGUUAGGAAGAAGUAAAAAAAAUCAACAUACAUUAAGGUUCUCUUGAUAGACAUACUACUAAUUCCAUGAGUUACCCACAUCUAAACUCUGUCACAUACAUGAAGAAACUUUGAUAGCUGAGAUUAACUAAAGUCAGGGACGUAGCCGUUAAAAGUUUAAACAUUUCUUUUCAAAAUAUAAUGCAGAGUUUGUGCCCCAUUUCCAGGGGAAAGAAGCUUACAUGAAAGUCAUCAUAAAAGUCCUUUUUAACAACUUAAACUUGUUUGUUUGGGGGAGGGACAGAGAAGGGGAUAUGGAAUUAGAAUCAAGUUAGGUUUGUAUCAAGAUAAAUGAUGAAAACUAGUAAUUGAGUCUUUUGAUACAAAUAUUGUUCGAAGUUAUAACCUAAUAGAUAACCUUUUACUAAAAUAUACAUUACAUUGAUUUAAAAGCACUGGUCAUAAGUUGGAUUAGUGGUUCUCAAGCAAUACAGAAAUGCUAUAUUUCAGUGGGAAGAUUGAACCAAAAUCAAGAAUCUAAAGAUAUUUGAUUACAAUAUUUGGUGUGUCAUGUCAUUCCAAAAGUAACAAUGUGCCAAAACCUUUUUAAUUUAAAAAAAUACUUUUUUGAAGAUUAUAUAUAUUAAUUAUAUUAAUUUAAUUCGAAUAAUCAGAUUGAUUUAAAUAAUUACAGUGAUGGAAAAACUUUUGAGAAUAAUUGAGUUUCAAAUGAAAAUCUUUAUUUUGAAUGAAUUUUUUAAAAAGAAAUUAAGUUAAGAGGUUGAUUGUAAUUACCCGUAGCAAUAUUUAUCAGUGUUCUCAGAGUUAAAAUAACAAGUUUUAGUUUAAACCUUAUCAUUGCAAAAAGAGAAAGCUUCCAUUUAUUUCAUUUAAGAGCUUUUUAAGAAUUAAAAAAAAAUAAUUGUUGAAGCUUUAUCUUUUUGUGUCACCUCCAAAAUAAAAAUGACUUGUUUAGAUACCUUGAAUUGUUAUUCUUUUAGAGAAACCAUAUUUUUUAUCCAUUAUUUAACCCCAUCUUGCGCAUAAUCAUAUUUACAUUAUAUCUAUUUAUUUACAAACUCAUAUACAUUUAUUGCCUGCUUUAACCUUCACCUUAAGUUUUCAUUUACUUGCACUUUUGUUAUGAUUUCUUGCAUCAACCUUGCAUCAACCUUAUAAUCAAAUACUUUCUUCAAUGAACUUGUCAAUUAGACAAUGAGCUUUUCAACAUUUAUAUAAUCUGACUUUGCACAAUCAUUACUCCCAAGUUCACAGACUUAAUCAUAAAACCAAGAGAUCAUUUAAAAUGUGAAUGGAACAUUUCAUUAAAAAAAGUUACUCAGCCUAUGUUUUCAUUAAAUAAUAUAAUAGUUUCUAUUUAAUAAACUCUUUAUUCCCCGAUGAGUGUUCUCCAGUUGUUGAUAAAGUUGGUGUAACUAAUAGCUACUUAAAGAACUACAGUGUUUAGCAUGUCAAUUGUAAUAGAAAUCUAAGAAUGAUUUUUUUAAAUGAAAUAUUCUUAUCUGUUUUUUUGUUUUUUUUCAUAUGUAAAAUGAAACUUUAUUAUAAUUGACUAGCCUUAAUUGUUAAUCAUGGAUAAAAUAGUUUUAAACCUCUAUAUUAUCCUUGACUUGGUUUCCCACACCCAUUGGCUGCCCUUCUCUUCAUAUGAAAAAAGUUUUUGCGCAGAGAUAUUAAGCUUAUUUAAACAAGUACGGAGUGCACAGAUAAAAUAAGCUUACUUUUACAAUCAGCAAGAUGCAACUGGAUCUCAAAAUUCUAUUUGGUUUUGGGCAGAAUCCUAAGCCACUUAAUGAAUUCAUAAAGAUAUCACAAAUGAUUGGAACCUCAUCACAGACUUUCAAUGAAUCACUAAUGAAUAGCUGAACUUGCCAUCUUUCAAGAACAUCAUGAAGUACAAAGCUGUGGAAUUAUGUCUGUUUUCACCUGUUAAAUGAAUGGAUGUCAUCUGCCCUUGAUCAUCAUUUAAUGCUAGGUCAUCACAUGGGAAGAAUUUUUAAUGAAACUUUCACUCGGUUGCUGUUUGAGCUUAAACAUUUUUUUAUUGAUUUUUUUAUUAAAAAAUGAUUAGCAUCAAAAAGAUACAUGAAACACAAGAAGAUGUUUUACUGUAAUGUAUUGCAUUAGAAAAUGUGACAUUGUCCACAUUCCCUCUGAUUUUCUCUUUUUUUGUAUUUAAAGGCAAAGAUCGUCCCUGCCUCUGAGAAAGUAAUGCGCUUUCCCCCCGUUUCUUUCCCGUUUUUCUUCCGAUAGGUAUGUCAUUUGGUGCCGUGAGGCAUAUAGCUGAUAUUCGGGCAGACGAGUCCACUAGAGAAGGACAAGGCAUCAUUGGCUUACAGUCAGGUACCAAUAAAUUUGCCUCACAGACUGGCAUGAGCUUUGGAUCUAUUCGUCAUAUUGCUGAUAUUCAUACUGAUGAUGCAAGUAAAGAAGGUCAAGGAAUAAUUGGACUACAGUACGGUACCAAUAAAUUUGCUAAUCAAAAUGGAAUGAGCUUUGGAUCUAUUAGACACAUUGCUGAUAUUAGAGCUGAUGAGUCCAGCAAAGAAGGUCAAGGAAUAAUAGGACUCCAAUCUGGAACAAACAAAUUUGCAUCACAAACAGGAAUGAGUUUUGGUGCUGUAAGACACGUCUCUGAUAUUCGAGUAGACGAUUCAACCAAAGAAGGUCAAGGAAUAAUUGGACUACAGUACGGUACCAAUAAAUUUGCUAAUCAAAAUGGAAUGAGCUUUGGAUCAAUUAGACACAUUGCUGAUAUUAGAGCUGAUGAGUCCAGCAAAGAAGGUCAAGGAAUAAUAGGACUCCAAUCUGGAACAAACAAAUUUGCAUCACAAACAGGAAUGAGUUUUGGUGCUGUAAGACACGUCUCUGAUAUUCGAGUAGACGAUUCAACCAAAGAAGGUCAAGGAAUAAUUGGACUACAGUACGGUACCAAUAAAUUUGCUAAUCAAAAUGGAAUGAGCUUUGGAUCAAUUAGACACAUUGCUGAUAUUAGAGCUGAUGAGUCCAGCAAAGAAGGUCAAGGAAUAAUUGGACUUCAAUCUGGAACAAACAAAUUUGCGUCUCAAACAGGAAUGAGCUUUGGUUCUAUUCGACACAUUGCUGAUAUUCAUACUGACGAGGCAAGUAAAGAAGGUCAAGGAAUAAUUGGGCUUCAGUCUGGGACUAACAAAUUUGCCAAUCAAUCAGGAAUGAGUUUCGGUGCUAUCAGACAUAUAGCUGAUAUCAGAGCUGAUGAGUCCAGCAAAGAAGGUCAAGGUAUAAUUGGACUUCAGUCAGGCACAAACAAAUUUGCGUCUCAAACAGGAAUGAGCUUUGGAUCUAUUCGACAUAUUGCUGAUAUUCAUACUGAUGAGGCAAGUAAAGAAGGUCAAGGAAUAAUUGGUCUUCAGUCUGGGACUAACAAAUUUGCCAAUCAAUCAGGAAUGAGUUUCGGUGCUAUCAGACAUAUAGCUGAUAUCAGAGCUGAUGAGUCCAGCAAAGAAGGUCAAGGUAUAAUUGGACUUCAGUCAGGCACAAACAAAUUUGCUAAUCAGUCUGGAAUGAGCUUUGGAUCUAUUCGACAUAUUGCUGAUAUUCAUACUGACGAGGCAAGUAAAGAAGGUCAAGGAAUAAUUGGGCUUCAGUCUGGGACUAACAAAUUUGCCAAUCAAUCAGGAAUGAGUUUCGGUGCUAUAAGGCAUAUUGCUGAUAUUCAUACUGAUGAUGCAACCAAAGAAGGGCAGUCUAUUAUUGGUUUGCAAGCAGGAUCAAAUAAGGGAGCUUCCCAAACUGGUAGGUUUAUAAAUAUUACACCACUUUCCACUUUAACUAGGUAUGUCCAUGGGAUCAGUGAGACACAUUGCUGAUAUCAGAGCUGAUGACAUGUCUAAGGAAGGCCAGUCCCAUAUUGGUCUACAAGCUGGCUCUAACAAGGGAGCCUCUCAGGCUGGUAAGAACUUAUGUGUCAACUCUCAUGUAACACUCAUGUGUCAGCUCUCAUGUAGCAGUUAUGUGUCAGCUCUCAUGUAACACUUAUGUGUCAGCUCUCAUGUAACACUUAUGUGUCAGCUCUCAUGUAACACUCAUGUGUCAGCUCUCAUGUAAGGUGAAAAAAAUGAUAAAGCUUUUAUUCUAUGAAUGAAAACAAUACUGCUUGAAUUGCUUGGUAUAUUUAACGUUCACUUACAUAAAUAUAUUCUGAUAUGGUACUAGGCAAAGCAUUCUUAAAUAUAUUGGAUUUUUUCUUUUUACAUAAUUCAACAAUAACCUUGCAUAUUAUAAUGGUUUUUAAUUGUUUUAUGAUGCUAUAUGAUUUCCCAAAGUCUAAUAACCUUAUUUGCAAAUAAGCAUGUUACAAAACCUCCAUGGCAUUGAAAUCCUAUGUCCAAUAUCAAAAAUUCAAUAAGAAAUGUGUAAAAUACAUAUUUUUAAAAAUAUAUUCUGAAAUCCUGGACAUUAGCUUUUAUCAAUUUUAUAAUAAAUUCAGAUUACAGGAAAACAACUUUUUGGAAUUUUGUAAUGAUGACAGCAUGACUUACUGUCAUUGUUCAAUGUGCAAGGUUCAAUAUUGAGACUGUUCAUGAAUCUAACCAACUGACAUCUCGAGAGGAUGCAGGUUUCAAAAGAUUCCAGCUUUUCGGCUAUUUGCAGCAAAGUCUCUGACAUCAAUUAGUUCACCUUUUUCCAAUAUUUUCAUUACAUUGUUGAAAUAAUAAUUGUUUGAGUAAGAUGACACUGCUGAAAUAGAGAUUGAAUAUUUAGCAAAGGUUGUCUUAGUAAUUUACACUUAGUAUUAAUUAGAUUAAAUAUUUUUCAUGGCAUGAUAAGACACAGCUUUAUAACCAAAUGGAAGAUAUGGUAACGGUAAUGAAAUAUCCAUUAUUUGAAGGAGAAAAAUGAAACAAUAAGAAAAGCAUGAAUGUAGUUUCAAUAUUAAAUAGCAUCACUUUAUGGACACAUUUACAUAGGCAUGAUCUCUGACUAUAACUUUGUCCUACACUUAAAUGUCCUGAAUAGUUACCCAUAUAAAUGUCCUGCAUAAUUACCCACAUAGAUGAACAGCAUAACUGUCAAUGUAUGCCAAUGCUAUUGUUUUGCUUUCUUUUCAUAUUAUUCAUAACUUCAUUUCAGUAGUUGAAUGUUCCUAUAUGUCAUUGUUAAUAACCUUUUUAAUGAUCUUCAGGUAUGUCUUUUGGUGCUGUGAGGCACAUUGCAGACAUUAGAGCAGAUGAUAUGUCCAAAGAAGGUCAAACUGUUAUUGGCCUUCAGGCUGGAUCUAACAAGGGGGCCUCACAGGCUGGUAGGGAAUUUUUCUUGAACUUUCUUGAGUGCAAAGUAGUUUAUUUUAAAAUAUCCAGUUUUCAGGAAAUGAUUUCAUUUCAAACUUAAACUAACAUAUGGAAAUUUAGUUCAACUGACCUUUGACUGUUCAGCAUAAAAUAAAUGUACAUUCUAUCUGGAAAAUAAUUGUUAAAUUAAAGAUGUACAAAAUGGUUAGUUUUACAAAGUACAAAAGUCACUCACUUUGUCUAUCAAAAGUGUCUAAUAAAAGUGUUGGGCGCAUGCACACUUAUUUUAUUGUGUUGGGAGUAUGCACAAGUAUUUUAUUGUGUUGGGAGUAUGCACAAGUAUUUUAUUGUGUUGGGAGUAUGCACAAGUAUUUUAUUGUGUUGGGGGUAUGCACAAGUAUUUUAUUGUGUUGGGAGUAUGCACAAGUAUUUUAUUGUGUUGGGAGUAUGCACAAGUAUUUUAUUGUGUUGGGAGUACGCACAAGUAUUUUAUUGUGUUGGGAGUAUGCACAAGUAUUUUAUUGUGUUGGGACUAUGCACAAGUAUUUAUUGUGUUGAGAGUACGCCCACAUAUUUUAUUGUGUUGGGAGUACGCACAAGUAAUUAUUGUGUUGGGAGUAUGCACAAGUAUUUUAUUGUGUUGGGAGUAUGCACACGUAUUUUAUUGUGUUGGGAGUGUGCACAAGUAUUUUAUUGAGUUAGGAGUAUGCACAAGUAUUUUAAUGUGCUGUGAGUAUGCACACAUAUUUUAUUGUGUUAGGAGUACGCACAAGUAUUUUAUUGUGUUGAGAGUACGUACAAGUAUUUUAUUGUGUUGGGAGUAUGCACAAGUAUUUUAUUGUGUUGUGAGUAUGCACAAGUAUUUUAUUGUGUUGUGAGUAUGCACAAGUAUUACAAUUUUAAUGUGUUGUGAGUAUGCACACAUAUUUUAUUGUGUUGGGAGUAUGCACAAGUAUUUUAUUGUGUUGGGAGUAUGCACAAGUAUUUUAUUGUGUUGGGAGUAUGCACAAGUAUUUUAUUGUGUUGGGGGUAUGCACAAGUAUUUUAUUGUGUUGGGAGUAUGCACAAGUAUUUUAUUGUGUUGGGGGUAUGUACAAGUAUUUUAUUGUGUUGGGAGUAUGCACAAGUAUUUUAUUGUGUUGGGAGUACGCACAAGUAUUUUAUUGUGUUGGGAGUAUGCACAAGUAUUUUAUUGUGUUGGGAGUAUGCACAAGUAUUUUAUUGUGUUGGGAGUACGCACAAGUAUUUUAUUUUGUUGGGAGUAUGCACAAGUAUUUAUUGUGUGUCCAGCAUCCUAACCACAUAUUUAUCAUUUAUGUAUUUUUAACAUAAAUUUAACAAAGUCAGCUGGUUAGUAGUGUCACAAUAACCACUAUUGCAUUUGAAUCUAUCAGGCAUGUCAUUUGGUGCUGUAAGACACAUUGCAGACAUCCGUGCUGAUGAUGCCAGCAAAGAAGGCCAGUCCCAUAUUGGUCUGCAAGCUGGAUCUAACAAAGGUGCCUCUCAGUCUGGCAUGUCAUUUGGUGCUGUAAGACACAUUGCAGACAUCCGUGCUGAUGAUGCCAGCAAAGAAGGCCAGUCCCAUAUUGGGCUACAGGCUGGAUCCAACAAGGGUGCAAGCCAGGCUGGUAAGUCCAUGUCUGAACUUACAGAUUUUUUACCCCUCAUUAUGACCUUCCAACAAACACCUUAAACGUCUGAUUUUCCGAAGACUAUAAUUUUUCAAUCGUCAUAAAAAUCCGAAAGCUACAAAAAAGAAAAAGAAAAAAAAUCAGGUACGACAGGAAGGUGUGCAUAUCGAAGAUGCCACUUCCUUUGUUCCGGAUGAAUAAGUUCUCAGUCUUGUCACGUGACUGCUACUAGUCUAUCAGAGUUUACGGUACCUCAUUUCAACAAAUGCAAGAUAGUCUUGACAAUUACUUGAAAAAGUAAUAUGUUCAAUUCUACACAGAAAUGCUAGAACCAUUUUUUGUACAUUUUUUAUGUACAUAUAUUUUUUUGCCGGCAUCCGUCCGUCACAAUGUGGCAAUGGUGUGAAUAUUACAGGACAAAAUCCACAAGGCCUGUGAUUAUUCUUUGAGGUUUAUAAGCUGGAUUAUAAGCAAAUUGCCUCUCUCCACGCUGUUGGAUAACCCAAGAGAACAUCAUUUGGAUUAUACAGCUUGGCACCAGGAGUUGUCACAAUGUUUUAUUGUACCUAUGUUAGCCGCCUACGGGACUCCAUCUCCGGGUUUUGAAUUUAGAGUUUUCUUCUCUUAGAUGAGUUGCCAUCCAAGGUUAAUGAGUCUCAUCCACCCGGGAUGCUGGUGAUGUUUUUUGCUUGACUGGGCUUGAAAUCCAGACCACCAACUUGAGAUUUGCUCAGUUUAGACCACUCGGCCACCCAGCACCCAUAUAUAAUGAGCAAAUGGUUAAAAAGUGACAAUGUUAAAUACAGUGUGACAUGCCUGCCGGAUAAAUAUCUUCCACACUAUUAGUCCUGUCGCCGUAAAGACACUGUCUUGUUUUUAUCAAAGCGAACCGCGAUCUCCAAAUUAUUCUUCAAUCAUCAAUUGAUCCGAUUUUAGGCUAAAAAAUAAUUCAGUUGUUUUGUGACUUGUUUGUUUGUUAAUGCUUUUCUUAAUUAGAUGGAUAAAUCUAUUGAAAGUGGUGGGUACAAUGAUAUCAACAAACAUAUUUUAACCCCAAAAAAACAACAUACAGCAGCUAAAAGCAAUUAAUCUAUGACAUCCAUGUCUAAUUUUUUUGCUUAGGAAUAGGACGAUUCAAUUAUCAGUAUCAGAAGAUUUGUUGACCACCUUUCUUAUUGAAGGAAAUAUUUCUCAAGCCAACUCUGAUUGUUUUAAUGCCAGAGUCAAAGAAAUAUUUCCAGACUGUGUGUUUUGGUAAGAGGAGACUGAUAAGUUGUUUUGUUAAUGCUAUAUGCCUUGCUCAUAUUUUUUCUUCCGAUAAGGUAUGUCGAUGGGCACCCAGCGUCAUAUUUCUGACAUCAAAGUAGAUGAUAUGAGUGCAGCAUCGAAGGCCACCAUCAACCUACAGUACGGCUCCAACACAGGCGCCAACCAGCAAGGAAUGAGCUACGGAGGUCGCAGAGACAUCAUGGGAAAAUAACUCAUUUAGAAGAAGAGCAUUUGAAACAUAUGAGAGGAUAGUCUUUGAUCUAUGGGAAUUUGAUAAUGCAAUAAAUUUAGAUCUUAACUAAAUGACCCAGGAUUCUACCUGGCCAUUGGGUAAUUGGGUCACAAUACUUUUUUUGUGAUACUUCAAGCUUUUUAUUAAAUGUAAUUUUUUAGUCUUUGUGUGGAAAGAUGUUUAUUGUGUACAUGUUGGUUGACAGUAGCCUACAUCACAAGCAAGGAUAAGGUAAUAGAAAGGUGUGAUUCUAUGACUUUCAUCUUUAUUCCAUGAUAGAAAUCUCAAACACAUAAAAGAAAUGGAAAAUCUGCUUUACUUCAUACUUAAAUAUGUCGAAGCUAGAGAGGCUAAUGUAAGAAUAGAUUUCUUGAGUAAGUUGAAACCUUAAUGCUAUAUUUAAUGAUCAGUUAAACGAGCCAGAUGCUUUCUUGAAGAUAUUUGGCUAAAAUGUUUGCUCCCAGCAAAAAAAAAACUUGCUUUAGUGAGUAAUCUACUCUUGACACAAAGGCUUCUUCUCUUUUAUUGCUUAUUUUUAUUCAUGUGUUUUUUCAUGUCAUUGUCUUUUUGUUUGUUUAAAACUGUCUAUGAAAGAUCGAGUGCUGUAUUCAUAUAGUAAGGAGUGUCUUGUCCAACUUGUUUGUAUUUCCAUUCAGAGAUAAAGUGAUUUGCAUAAAUAUUUAUUGUAGACAUUUUUUAUCAUACAAGAUAAUUUUGAUAUAUUUAUACCACUGCUUUGGAUAUCUGCAAUUUUUAAUUUUGUUCAAUUGAAUCUAUUGUUUUUGUUGGUCAAGUUUGACAAGAGGAAACAUUGUUAACAGCUGACCGUUUUCACCAAGAAAUCUAUUUGAGAUAGGAGUGUUAAAAAUCCCACUGAAAUGGGCAUAAAUGAGAUGGUCAACUUUUUGCUGCAAUGACUCACUGAGAGCAUUUCAUGACGUCGGCACAGAUAGAUAUAUUUUCUUAAUGUCUAUGCAAUUUUUUCUACCUGGCUAUGCAUUUCAUGUCCUGCUUCUUUUCUUUGCUGCUGGCUGUACAUAUACAUAUUGAUGAUUAUAUUUGUAAACAAGAAAUGAACACUUUUGUAAUACUAAAAAUAUAUUUCUCUUUUAGCUUCGACAA